AAUUUUGGAUAUGAGAAGAUUAAUUGUCAACUAAACAAGAAGCAAAACAGUUGCAGCUCGUCCAAGUGUUAAUUUAGAUAGAGUCAACAAAUGGUUGUAAACACUUACUGCUAAAGCAAAUACUUUAGAGAGCAGAUUUUAUACAUCAUAAUUAAGUUCCUUAUUUAAUUACUAUUCAAAACCAACAACAGGUGCAGCUUAAGUAUUACAUAAUUUAAAUUAAUAGGAAAUUGAUUGGAAUUACUGGAGAGAAUAAAUUACAACAGAAGGAUUAGUUGAUAAGGUUCAAAAAGGUCAUGAUACUCUCCUUCAUAAAGAAUUUGAUGUUGAACGUAUUUGUCAUCAAGUUGUUUCCAGUUAAAGCAAAGAAUUAGAAGACUUAGAAAAUGAACUUUCCUUCCAUAGUGCUGUUUGGAGCAAUUACUAUUUGGAUUAACAUUUAGCAUUACUAGAUUUAGAAUAAUAUGGAGAUAGAAACGAUUACGUCAGUAUUCUUAUUGAAUUAAUUAAUAGUUCAUGAGGAUUAUGAUUUUUAUCCUGGAUUAGAAGCUGAUUUAGAAGAAUUAACAGAAACUCAUAAUUGGAUUCCUGGAUCAAAGGAUGAUAUUAACUUAAAGGGUUAUAUGGUAUCCUAAUUCUAAUGGGGAAAAAAAAUCAUUUCAUUCUAUAGACAUCCUUGUGAUGACUUUAAAGCUGCAAGAGGUACCAAAAACAUCUUGGGUAGAUGAGAUUUAUACAUAAUGCAAAAUAUUUUAAAAACAAU